ACUUAAUAUAUAUCUUCAAUAUUCUCUUCAAAUUUCUGAAUAUAUAUAUAUAUAUAUAACCAAUUUGAAAUAUCAGUAGCAGCCUCAAUAGAUGGCGCAGGCAAAUAGCAAUGGCAAAGAUAGUAGAUGGUCUCUUCACGGAAUGACUGCUCUUGUCACUGGUGGAACCAAAGGAAUUGGGUAUGCUAUUGUGGAGGAAUUGGCGGGGCUAGGUGCAACUAUACAUACUUGUUCUCGUAAUGAAGUUCAGCUUAACGACUGCUUGAGCCAAUGGAAAACGAAAGGUUUUGAUCAAGUCACUGGUUCGGUAUGUGAUGUGGUCUCAAAAGCUCAACGAGAGGAGCUUAUAAACAAGGUCUCAUCACUAUUUCACGGCAAACUUAACAUCCUUAUAAAUAACGUGGGAACUGCCGAACUAAAACCAGCAAUCGAGAGCACAACUGAAGAUUACUCAUUUAUUAUGAGUACCAAUCUUGAAUCUGCUUACCAUUUUUCCCAACUUGCACAUCCUCUUUUGAAAGCUUCAGGAGCUGGGAACAUUAUUUUUAUGUCUUCUGUUGCUGGCGUUGUAUCAGUUGGGUCGGUUGGAAGUAUAUAUGCUGCCACAAAAGGAGCAAUUAACCAGUUGGCAAAAAACUUAGCAUGUGAGUGGGCAAAAGACAACAUAAGGACCAACAGUGUUGCACCUUGGUUCAUCAGAACUCCCCUCACUGAGCCUAUUCUGAGUAACCCAAAAUUUUUGGAGGCUGUCAACUCUCGAUGCCCUUUAGGACGGACUGGAGAGCCAAAAGAGGUGUCUGCCUUGGUGGCAUUUCUAUGCUUCCCUGCAGCGUCUUACAUAACUGGCCAAACUAUCUGCGUCGAUGGAGGGUUCACUGCCAAUGGCCUCCUCUUCCAAGGACCAUGAAAAAAUUAUUUAUGUGAUUUGUGUGCUUGCUAGUAGUAGGAGAAUCUAGAGGUCUCUGGUUUCCUUGUCUUUUGAGUUCAGAAUCUCCUCUCAUCCAUCUAAUAAUAU